UCAAAAGUAUCGUCCAAACUAGUCGAGAUGUUCGUCAAGUGCUUUCUGCUACUAUUGGCGCUCAAUUUCCUGUCCGCAGGACGAGUAAACCGACCCGAAGAACGCAUUAUCAAUGGUAGCCACAUCGAAAUCGAAGAUAAUCCCUGGAUAGUUUCCAUCCAAUUAUCAGGCCAACAUAUAUGUGGAGGGUCCAUUUACAGUGAAGAUACUAUCAUAACAGCGGCCCAUUGCUUUUUUGAUGAUAAACAAAUCAGGAAAGAUGUCCGACUGCUAAAAAUUCGCGCUGGAUCCAUCUCUAAACUUUCUGGCGGAACUGUUUUAAAAGUGGCCGCCGUAAUAACCCAUGAAAAUUACUUUCACCAAGAUUUACCCAUCUUUGAUAUUAAAAACGACAUCGCAGUUGUUCGAUUAAGUAAAAGACUUAAGUUUACCAGCAAAGUACACCCCAUUCCUUUGGCCAAUUCUAAUCCAUAUCCUGGAACAGAGGCCCUUAUAGCUGGCUGGGGAUAUACCUACACGUCGGAUAAUAAGAUCCUAAGUCCCAUUACUCUUCGAGGAGCAAGCGUCGAAAUCCUAUCGUCUAAGAAUUGUGGAGUAUCCCAUGGUCAAUCAACAAUUUGCGCUGGAUAUUAUGAGAAAACCUUUUGUGUUGGCGACUCUGGAGGACCAUUGGUAAUUAAUAAGGAACUCGUUGGUGUUGUCUCCGGAGGAAAUUGCAUUUCAAUAGGUUUCGUAUCAAGUGUGCCCUACUUCCGAGAAUGGAUUUUGAAUGCUAUCAAGUCUUUUCCGUAA